AUGUUCACCUGGUGGAUCUCCUGGUGGUGCGCCCUUGUCCUGUCGUCGUGUGUGGGCGCGGUGGGCGACGACGACGACAAGUGGGCGGGCAUGGAAGGCUUCGAGGACCUGCUCGAGCCCAUGGUAGUGCGGGGCAACGUGGGGCCUGGCAUGGGCGGCUCGGCGCUGGAGCUAGUCGAGGUGGAUGGCGGCCAAAGCUUCGCCACGCAGCCCACGCCGCAGACGGCCGUCGUGGGCUCCACCGUCGUGCUUCCGUGCAGAGUUAUCAACAAGGUCGGCCACCUGCAGUGGACGAAGGACGGGUUCGGCAUGGGCACCCACAGGAACCUCCCCGGGUUCGCUCGCUACACCAUGAUCGGUUCGGACGACGAAGGAGACUACAGCCUGAGGAUCCAGCCGGUCCUGCUAGAGGACGACGGCCUGUACCAGUGCCAGGUGUCGGCGGGCGACGGCAUCCCCGGCAUCCGCUCGCACACGGCCAGACUCACCGUGUACGUGUCACCAGAGCCUCCCCGCGUGCGACCCCCUGUCCUCCACGCCACCGCCGGCAUGACCAUCUCCCUCGAGUGCGAGAGCCGAGGCGGACGUCCCGCGCCGGAGAUUCAGUGGGUGGACGACAGCCGCCGCGAAAUCAUCAAGACGGGCGCGAGUCUGGCCACCGAGGACAUGGCGGAUGGCAAGCGGGUCACAGUGCGCUCCAGGCUGUCCUUCACGCCCAGGCGAUCGCACCACAACUCCACCAUCACCUGCCUCACCUCCAACCAGGCCCUCAGCUCUCCCCUCUCGAGCUCCAUCAGGAUGCAGGUGUUCUUUCCGCCGGAAGUGCAGCUGUUCGUGCGUCCCCAGAUCCUCGUGGAGGGCGACGACGCCACCAUCUACUGCAGCGCCAAGGCAAAUCCCAACGAAAUAACCUACAGCCGCUUGACACGCAGUACAGAUACACAUAGAGACCGGUAG